GCGGCGCCGUUGCCAUGGUAGCGGGCUGCCGGAAGCUAGCCGCGCUCGCCAGCUCGGAAGCCUCGGUGUCCGGUUGUUCAGCCGGGUCUGCGCGGAGCCAGGCCGGCGGGGCUACAGAAUGGGCUGAGAAGUCGGCGGCUUGACCGGACGAGGUCGACUGCGGGGGAAGGGGCGCAGCGCAACACUGAAGAAUCGGGCUUGAAAAUGGAGAUGUAUGAAACCCUCGGAAAAGUGGGAGAGGGAAGUUAUGGAACAGUCAUGAAGUGUAAACAUAAGGAUACUGGGCAGAUAGUGGCCAUUAAGAUAUUUUACGAGAAACCGGAGAAAUCUGUCAACAAAAUUGCAACAAGAGAAAUAAAGUUUUUAAAGCAAUUUCGUCAUGAAAACCUGGUCAAUCUGAUUGAAGUUUUUAGACAGAAAAAGAAAAUUCAUUUGGUGUUUGAAUUUAUUGACCACACAAUAUUAGAUGAGUUGCAACAUUAUUGUCAUGGACUAGAGAGUAAACGACUUAGAAAAUACCUCUUCCAGAUCCUUCGAGCAAUUGAAUAUCUUCACAAUAAUAACGAAUUUGCCAGAACUGGAUAUACAGUUUGGGGAAUAUUCCUCUUAGAGACUCCGGUUGAAGAGAUCAUUCAUCGAGAUAUAAAACCUGAGAAUAUUUUAGUAUCCCAGUCAGGAAUUACUAAGCUCUGUGAUUUUGGUUUUGCACGAACUCUAGCAGCUCCUGGGGACAUUUAUACGGACUAUGUGGCCACACGCUGGUAUAGAGCUCCAGAAUUAGUAUUAAAAGAUACUUCUUAUGGAAAACCUGUAGAUAUCUGGGCUUUGGGUUGUAUGAUCAUUGAGAUGGCCACUGGAAAUCCCUAUCUUCCUAGCAGUUCUGAUUUGGAUUUACUUCAUAAAAUUGUUUUAAAAGUAGGCAAUUUGACACCUCACUUACAGAAUAUCUUUUCUACGAGUCCCAUUUUUGCUGGGGUGGUUCUUCCUCAAGUUCAACACACCAAAAAUGCAAGAAAAAAAUACCCAAAACUAAAUGGAUUGUUGGCAGAUAUAGUUGACGCUUGUUUACAAAUUGAUCCUGCUGAGAGGACAUCAUCUACUGAUCUUUUGCAUCAUGAGUACUUUACUAGAGAUGGAUUUAUUGAAAAAUUCAUACCAGAACUGAGAGCUAAGUUACUGCAAGAAGCAAAAGUCAAUUCAUUCAUAAAGCCAAAAGAGAAUUCUAAAGAGAACGAGCUUAUGAAAGAUGAAAGAAAAACAACUUAUACCAAUACACUGCUAAGUACUCCAGUUUUGGGAAAGGAAAUGGAGAGAGAGAAAAAACCCAAGGAGAUCAAAGUCAGAGUUAUUAAAGUCAAAGGAGGAAAAGGAGAUAUCUUAGAACCAAACAAGAUAGAGUGUGAAGGUAGACAUUGUCAACAGGAUGCCGUUGAAAAUGCUCAUUCUAUGUCUCAAGAUACAAAACCUGUAAUCAGUGAACCACUACCAAGCCCUGUCAAUCCCAGCACUAAUUCUAAUGGCAUGAAAGAUGAUCCACAUGCUGGAGGUAGUAUGAUGAUGCCACCCAUCAAUCUAACUAGCAGUAAUUUGAUGGCUUCAAAUCCCAAUUCAAAUCUUUCCCAUCCAAAUUCAAGGUUGACUGAAAGAGCAAAAAAGAGACGUACCUCUUCACAAUCUAUUGGACAGGUUAUGUCUAAUUACAGGCAAGAGGAUGCAGGUCCCAUUCAAAGCCAAAUGGAGAAAAGUGUAUUUAAUGAGCGAACAGGUCAAAGUGACCAAAUGGCAAAUGGACACAAAAGAAAGCUGAAUUUUUCCAGAUCUGACAGGAAGGAAUUCCAUUUCCCAGAACUGCCUUUCACAAUACAGCCCAAGGAGGUGAAAGGAAUGGAAGUUAAACAGAUGAAAGUGCUGAAGAGGGAAUCAAGGAAAACAGAUUCAUCUAAAAUACCAACUUUACUUAAUGUGGAUCAAAAUCAAGAAAAACAAGAGAAAAAGAAGCAAUUCUUACAAGUUGAGGGUUGGGGUGCCAAUGGGUAUUGUUCUUAGAAAUCAAUACAAGAAGUGCAGGACUCUUCCAGAACAUUCCCACAGCUGAAGAAUUCUGGAUUAUCUUUCAACAUGUAGCUCAAGCGUCAGCUUCUGUGGAAUACUUCCCAAGCCGUCCCAACGAAAAAGUCCAUACCUCUUCUGUACAUGUUUAAUAAAUGAUUUAUCUGUUGGAAUGUCUGUCUUCCCCUGCUGGAGCAUAAGCUCAGUGGACUGUGUUUUAUGCACCUGAGUUUUCCCUUCUUUCCCUGUUCUUCUUCCCAUUAUCUCUCCCCCAUACACAUGCAUCCCUCUGCCAGCCAUAUGGUGGUAAGUGCUAAUUGUUGCUUUUGGAACAGAGAACUAUAAGGUUUGGUGUAUGGUCUCCUAGAAUUCUCAGAGCUGGGAAUCAAACUCUCUUUUGCAUCUAUGACACUUGGGAAUCUGAUGAAAGCUGAGGACCUUUCCCCAGGGGGGACAAAAAUACAUGUACAAAAGAAAACUCCAAAUUGUACAGCAGCAAAGGCACACACACCCAACACAUACACAAAUGAAUGCAUAUAAAAUUGGGGAGAUCUGAAUAAGAUAGGUGGGUUGUAUCCAUAGCAAUACUCCAGUUGUGAUACUGUACUAUAGUAUUGCAAGGGGUUACCACUGGGAAAUCGGGAUAUCUCUGUAUUAUUUGU